GAAGAAGAAGAAGCAGCAGCAGAGGAAGAAGAGGCAGCUAACUUCAAAACAAUACGUUGUGGAGCGCAGUCAAAAUGGUUCCAUCAAAUCUUGGGGAAGAAAUGUCUACUGAAGUAGCGUUACCACCUGAGUGGGAGGACGAUGAACGGAUGAAUUUCCUGUUCUCUGAUUUUAAAGAAAACCGAGAUGUCAGCACAACAGAUUGGGACAGUAAAAUGGAUUUCUGGACAUCACUCAUUCUUAAAAUCUGCAGGAGUCGCGGAACCGUCUGUGUUAAUUUGCAGGAGCUGAACAAGAUUUUUCAGAGAAAAGGAAUUAUGCCUUUGGGUUUGGCUACUGUCAUUCAGUGCAUGGCCAGGUGUGGCAAGAUACAAAGGGAGUCAGAGUUUGCCGCAAAUGUAGACUGUGGGUGGGUGUCUUGGGGUGUUGGCCUGUUGUUGGUGAAGCCUUUAAAAUGGACCUUUUCAACUCUUCUUGGUAGCAGUGGGGUUACUUUGAAGGAGUUGUUUGUUGUCAUCGAACUGGUAAAGGAGAAGGCAGCAGAAUUGCUUGGUGUCUACCGGAGCUCCCCAGUGGCCAACCACUCUCUCCUGUCCUUCCAGGAGCUCCGUACACUGUCGUCCCAUGUCUGUGUUGACGAGAGUACCUUGUGUAUGGCUCUGCUACAGCUGCAGAGGGAGAAGCAGGUGACCGUAUCACUGCAUGGAGGUGAGAAGAUUGUGAAGUUUUCUCUGUCAGGACAGAAUCAUGUGUCUCCUGUCAGUGAUGUAGACCUAGGCAUCUACCAGCUCCAGCGCAGUGAGAGACUGCUUGAAGAGAGGGUGGAGGCAUUGGGACUAGAGGCAGAGAAGUACAAAGAAGAAGCUAGGGUGUUGCUGCGGGAAGGGAAGAAAUCUCAGGCUCUAAGGUGUUUGAGAAGCCGAAAGAGAGUCGAGAAGAAAGCAGACCACUUAUAUGCCCAGCUGGAAAAUGUGAAGGGAAUCCUAGACAAGAUAGCAAACUCACAGACCGACAAACUAGUGAUACAGGCGUAUCAGGCUGGUGUGUCAGCCCUGCGACUCUCUUUGAAGGAUGUGACAGUAGAAGGAGCUGAGAGCCUUGUGGAUCAAAUCCAAGAGUUGUGUGACACUCAGGAUGAAGUGAACCAAAUUCUGGCUGGUGGAGCACUCAACUCAACGGAUGCAGACACAGAUGGGCUGGAGGAUGAGCUAAGAUUUUUAUUGGAGAACUCUAAUCUGGAUGAGCCUUCUACGCUACCUGAAGUACCAUCACACCCUUUUUCACCUGUCAGGGAAUCUGGUUCCUUUUGUGAUGAUCUGCUGAGUGCUUUGCCCUCAGUCCCUCAAAACCACUUCAAUAUAACAGGAGAUGAACUGGACAAAGCGCGUAGUUGCAUAACGCUUGCAGAUACAGGUCUUCAACAAAAAAAUCAUACCUCUCCAGUGAAGAGGGCUGAGCCUGCACAGUGACAACAGUAAUGAAAUAAGUCAACUGCACUAAUGAUCCCUGACCCUCAAAAUGUGUCUGGGCAUGGUGAUCAAAAAUAAUUGCAUGAUGUCUUUUGUAACAGGUCUGUGAUCACUUUUUUUUAAAGGGAGUAGAUCAGCUUUAAUAUUGCAGAUUGUAGCUUCCAUCGACGUAAUUGUCAGCAUCCCUUCCAAUCCGCCAUAUAUUUUGUUUUUGAAAGCAAAAAAUAAAUAAUUGUCCCUUUAAAAUAACAAAUUGAUCAGAAAUAUAGUGUAGACAUUGUUAAUGGUCUAAAUGACUAUUGAAGCUGGAAACGGCAGAUUUCUUAUUUUUUUAAAUGGAAUAUCCAGAGACCAUUAUCAGCAACCAUCACUCCUGUGUUCCAAUGGCAUGUUGCGUUAGCUAAUCCAAGUUUAUCAUUUUAAAAGGAUAAUUGAUCUUUAGAAAACCCUUUUGCAAUUGUUAGCACAGCUGAAAAAUCUGUUUCCAGCUACAAUAGUCAUUUACAACAUUAACAAUGUCUACACUGUAUUUCUGAUCAAUUUAGUUAAGGACAUAAGUGCCCCCAAACUGUGUGUGUAUAUGUAGAUAAAGAUAUCUUCUAAAAAAACAUUUUCCUUUAUUGCUUUCUAACCCUAUCACCCCUCCCCUAAUUGGAAUAAACUAGGGAACAACAACGCUUAGGCUUCUACUUCCAGCUUAUACAUGCUAUAUACAUUUUAUGGACACAGUCUAUUUUACAAUAGUUAUACAGUGGGGCAAAAAAGUAUUUAGUCAGCCACCAAUUGUGCAAGUUCUCUCACUUAAAGUUGAGAGGCUUGUAAUUUACAUCAUAGGUACACUUCAACUAUGAAAGACAAAAUUAGAAAAAAAAAUCCAGAAAAUGAUAUUGUAGGAUUUUUAAUGAAUUUAUUUGCAAAUUAUGGUGGAAAAUAAGUAUUUGGUCAACAAAAGUAUAUCUUUGGGAUGUUUGGGAUCAUUGUCAUGCUGAAAGACCCAGCCACGUUUCAUCUCCAAUGCCAUUGCUGAUGAAAGGAGGUUUCCACUCAAAAUCUCACGAUACAUGGCCCCAUUAAUUCUUUCCUUUACACGGAUCAGUCAUCCUGGUCCCUUUGCAGAAAAACAGCCCCAAAGCAUGAUGUUUCCACCCCCAUGCUUCACAGUAGGUAUGGUGUUCUUUGGAUGCAACUCAGCAUUCUUUGUCCUCCAAACACAACGAGUUGAGUUUUUACCAAAAAGUUAUAUUUUGGUUUCAUCUGACCAUAUGACAUUCUCCCAAUCUUCUUCUGGAUCAUCCAAAUGCUCUCUAGCAAACUUCAGAUGGGCUUGGACAUGUACUUUCUUAAGCAGGGGGGACAUGUCUGGCACUGCAGGAUUUGAGUCCCUGGCGGCGUAGUGUGUUACUGAUGGUAGGCUUUGUUACUUUGGUCCCAGCUCUCUGCAGGUCAUUCACUAGGUCCCCCCGUGUGGUUCUGGGAUUUUUGCUCACCGUUCUUGUGAUCAUUUUGACCCCACGGGGUGAGAUCUUGUGUGGAGUCCCAGAUCGAGGGAGAUUAUCAGUGGUCUUGUAUGUCUUCCAUUUCCUAAUAAUUGCUCCCACAGUUGAUUUCUUCAAACCAAGCUGCUUACCUAUUGCAGAUUCAGUCUUCCCAGCCUGGUGCAGGUCUACAAUUUUGUUUCUGGUGUCCUUUGACAGCUCUUUGGUCUUGGCCAUAGUGGAGUUUGGAGAGUGACUGUUUGAGGUUGUGGGCAGGUGUCUUUUAUACUGAUAACAAGUUCAAACAGGUGCCAUUAAUACAGGUAACAAGUGAGGAGGAGCCUCUGAAAGAAGAAGUUACAGGUAUGUGAGAGCCAGAAAUCUUGCUUGUUUGUAGGUGACCAAAUACUUAUUUUCCACCAUAAUUUGCAAAUAAAUUCAUUAAAAUUCCUACAAUGUGAUUUUCUGGAUUUUUUUUCUUAUUUUGUUUGUCAUAGUUGAAGUGUACCUAUGAUGAAAAUUACAGGUCUCUUUCAUCUUUUUAAGUGGGAGAACUUGCACAAUUGGUGGCUGACGAAAUACUUUUUUGCCCCACUGUGUGUG